UGACAAGCGGAAAGUCCUUCCUGUGUGCUAACCGAGAGGGGGGCAAAAAAGUAUCGUGUGUCUGUAUUUCAAAACACGGAGGACAUGUGUUCAGUCAUUGCCCACUUUUGCCAAGUGACAAGUCGUCACAUGGUGGGCUCCUUGUUUUGAAGGCUGCGCUUGCCUCUCGGCUCAGGUUUCGGGUCUUUUCCGUCAGAAAGAGAUCCGCCGACAAUGGCCGAGGGUCGGAUGUGAAACGCUCCGUGUUUAUUGGUGGAGCCUGGGACGUAUCCCUCCCGAACAAAGUAGAGUUUUGAAAGCGUAUGGCUGAUGACACGUCUCCGAGGAAAUGUGUGUUAGAAUCCCCCGGGGACCCGUGCCGCAGCCCUUGGAGGACCGGAUCUUCACGCCAACUGUCUCCACUGUGUAUAGCACGGUGGCCCAAGUUGCCCGUCAGCCCGGCCCUCCCGCCCCCUCCCCUUACUCCGCACAUGAGAUAAGCAAAGGGCACCCCUCCCUUGCCGCAACGCCACCCGGGCAUGCCUCUUCUCCCGGCCUCACGCAGCAGCCAGGAGGGAGGAGGGACAGAAGCUUCCCGCCCCACCCAAGAGCCAGCAGUCUUUUUGAAGAUCCAAGGGAACUGGUGCAAAGGAUUCUGGGAUGUGGGAUGGCCCCUUACCCUUCUGGACAGAAUGCCGCGCCGACCGCGCUGGUCUACCCACAACCCCCGCAGACCAUGAGCACGCAGCCCCAGGCACGCUCCCCGUUUGCUGCGGGGCCUCGACCUGCCCAUCACCAGGGAGGAUUCAGACCCAUCCAGUUUUUCCAGAGGCCCCAGAUCCAGGCCCCCCGAGCGACGCUCCCGAACAGCAGCCCCUCCAUCCGCCCCGGAGCGCAGACCCCGGCCGCCGUCUACCAGGCGAACCAGCACAUCAUGAUGGUCAACCACCUUCCCAUGCCCUACCCCAUGCCCCAGGGCCCUCAGUACUGCAUCCCACAGUAUCGCCACAGCGGCCCCCCAUACGUUGGCCCCCCGCAGCAGUAUCCUGUUCAGCCGCCGGGCCCGGGCCCUUUUUACCCAGGACCGGGACCUGGAGAGUUCCCCAAUGCCUACGGAGCCCCUUUCUACCCCAGUCAGCCGGUGUACCAGUCGGCCCCCAUCAUAGUGCCUACGCCGCAGCAGCAGCAGCAGCCGCUUCCUCCGGCCAAGCGGGAAAAGAAAACGAUCCGCAUCCGAGACCCCAACCAAGGGGGCCGAGACAUCACGGAGGAGAUCAUGUCCGGUGGCGGGAGCAGGAACCCCACGCCCCCCACUGUCCGGCCCUCCUCCACCCCCACACCACCCCAGCUUUUGCGUUUGCACACUCAUCAUCGCCCUUUUUUGUCCUUCCAAUCCCAGCAGCAGCAGCUUCCCAGCCAGGUCCCUGAACACAGCCCUGCCACGGCCUAUGGGGCUGUGGAGAACGUGCCCCCUGCAGCCCCCAGCGGCAGCAGCAGCCCCGUUUCUGCAACUAGUGACUUGAAGCCAGAAGAGAAGCCUAAAGCAGAGCCAGUAUUAAAGCCUCCUUCCCCUGCCCUCACGCCGGAGCCAAGCGGAGAGAGGAAGGACCCAGCGGAGCCCGAGGAGGCCCUCCCUGCUGCUGCUGCCACCUCCGUGGAGGAAAUUCCUCCUGAGCUUCCUUGCCCAGCCUCGCCCGUGCUGGCCCCUGCGCCACUUGAGUCGACAGCUCUUGCUGCAGAGGAGGAGGAGGAGGAAGAGGAGGCGGGGGGACAGGAUGGACACGAACUGGACUCUGCGCCAAUGAAAGAGGAGGUCUCCCCGCUUUCCGUUGCCCCUUCUUGCCCGGAGGCGGUGCCCACUUGCCCCCCAACGGUGGACGAGGCCUCUGAGGAUAUAUGCAGGGAGCCCCCUCCCAUCGCCCCCUGCGACCUCCCAGUGACUGCUAGUAUUAAUCCAGUUAAAGAACUCAAUGGAGUUAGCGAAGGGAUCGCAGACACGGACCAGCAAGAGGAGGAAGCUGUGGCCCUGGCUGUGGAGCUGGAAGGGCCAGAGCCCUCUGAAGCUGAAGGCGGCCUCCCAUUGGCUCCUGCCGCUGCUCCGUCACCCCCUCCUCCCAGCCUUCCUCCCCCUUCUGCGGCCAGUCCACCCCCCUCGCCCCCCCUCCCACACCCUGCCGAGGGGCCUCUAGGGGGAGAGGAGGGGCCCCCAAGAACUACCUGUAGCAUAGGGCCCCAGGAGAGCCCUCCGGAAACGAAAGAGGCCGCGGAGGUGGACGGCCGGCCAGAGGAGGAAAAGGAGGAGGAGGAGCCCCCGGGCCUGGAUGCAGAGAAGUGCCCCGACGCAGCCCAGACCGCUGUCCCUGCACCAAAGACGUGGCAGAAACCAAAAGAUCUAGGCCAGGCCGCCGAGGAGGAGAGGGAGGCCGAGCCUGAGCCUAAAGCCGAGGAGGAGCUUCCGGGAGAGAGAAUACUUGAAUCUGAACCCGAGGCGCUGAGCCCCAGAAGAGACUCUGCCUCCGACCUUAAAGUAGCGAAGGCCGUGGAGGAGAACGGCGAGCAGGAAGCGGAGCCCAUCCGGAACGGAGCCGAGAGCAUUCCCGAGGUCGAGAGGGGCGAGGCGUGUUUGGGCGGCACGGAAGGGCCUGGCGAGGCCCCCACCGGGCAGAGCAAGACAGAGCAGUGGAAGCCCCUCAACCCCGAGGGGAAGAAGCAGUACGGCCGGGAGUUCCUGCUGGACUUCCAGUUCAUGCCGGCCUGCGUCCAGAAGCCGGAAGGGCUGCCCCCCAUCAGCGAUGUGGUCCUGGACAAGAUCAAUCAGCCCAAGCUGCCUCUCCGCACGUUGGACCCUCGGAUCCUGGCGAGGGGCCCGGACUUCACCCCGGCCUUUGCCGAUUUUGGAAGGCAGCUCCCCGGCGGGCGAGCGGCAGCCGCCAGCAAAGUGCAGCCCCCGCCUGGCUUGCCUUCGCUCGCUCGCUGCAGCCCCCCGACCUGCCCGUUGCUGGUCUCCCCUCACCCGCAGCUGAGGAACCUCCAGAUUGGGCUGCUGAACGUUGGGCCGCGGCGGUCCCAGCCGGGCCAGAGGCGGGAGCCCAGGAAGAUCAUCACGGUCUGCGUCAAGGAGGACGUCCACCUGAAGAAGGCGGAGAACGCCUGGAAGCCCAGCCUGAAGCGGGAGACGCAAGUCGAGGACCCUGAAAACAUCAAGACAAAGGAGCUAUUCCGGAAGGUCCGCAGCAUCCUCAACAAGCUGACGCCCCAGAUGUUCAACCAGCUGAUGAAGCAGGUGACGGACCUGACGGUGGACACGGAGGAGCGGCUGAAGGGCGUCAUUGACCUGGUGUUUGAGAAGGCCAUCGACGAGCCCAGCUUCUCCGUGGCCUAUGCCAACAUGUGCCGAUGCCUUGUCACGCUGAAAGUGCCCAUGGCGGACAAGCCCGGGAGCACCGUCAACUUCCGGAAGUUGCUUCUGAACCGCUGCCAGAAGGAGUUUGAGAAGGACAAAGCUGACGAUGACGUUUUCGAGAAGAAGCAGAAGGAGCUGGAAGCAGCCACCGCGCCGGAGGAGCGGACCCGGCUCCACGACGAGCUGGAAGACGCCAAGGACAAGGCCCGGCGGCGCUCCAUUGGGAACAUCAAGUUCAUCGGGGAACUCUUCAAGCUGAAGAUGCUGACAGAGGCCAUCAUGCACGACUGCGUGGUCAAGCUCCUGAAGAACCACGACGAGGAGUCCCUGGAGUGCCUCUGCCGCCUGCUGACCACCAUCGGGAAGGACCUGGACUUCGAGAAGGCCAAGCCUCGGAUGGAUCAGUACUUCAACCAAAUGGAGAAGAUCGUGAAGGAGAGGAAAACCUCCUCUCGGAUCCGGUUCAUGCUUCAGGACGUCAUAGAUCUCAGGCAGUGCAACUGGGUGUCGCGGAGGGCGGACCAGGGCCCCAAGACGAUAGAGCAGAUCCACAAGGAGGCCAAGAUCGAGGAGCAGGAGGAGCAGCGGAAGGUCCAGCAACUGAUGACCAAAGACAAGAGGAGGCCGGGUGUCCAGCGGGUCGAGGAGGGCGGCUGGAAUACGGUGCAGGGGGCGAAAAACAGCCGUGUGCUGGACCCCACCAAGUUCCUUAAAAUCACCAAGCCCACACUCGACGAGAAGAUCCAGCUUGUGCCUAAAGCCCAGUUGGGCAGCUGGGGAAAGGGCAGCAGCGGCGGCGCCAAGGCCAGCGAGAUCGAUUCCUUACGACCAAGUGCCACUAGUCUGAACCGAUUCUCUGCACUGCAGCCUCCUGUGUCAUCAUCGGUUUCUGCCUCGGCCACACCCUCCGAGUCGGACGCUCGCAGGACCUUAACCAGCCGUGGGAGCACCGGGCGGGAGAAGAACGACAAGCCGCUGCCCUCGUCCCUCUCCCGCCCCAACACCUUCCUGCGGGUCAGCAGUGCCGGCAGCAAGGAGCAGCUGCUGGACAACCAGGCGCAAGAGGAGCAGCGCAGGGAGAUGCUGGAGGCUGUCAAGCAGCUGACCGGUGGCACUGCGGAGGGAGGAGGAGGAAGCCGGACCAGUGCCACUGCAGAGGCCGGGAGGAGCAAGGUGGCCAAGGAGAGCCCAGUUUCCUUAACAGCCAAGCCAGAAACGUCCACGUCGCCCUGUCUGGAAAAGCCAGCCUUGUCUGACGAGGAGAUCGAGAGGAAGUGCCGGUCUAUCAUCGAUGAGUUCUUGCACAUCAAUGAUUAUAAGGAAGCGAUGCAGUGCGUGGAGGAGCUGGGCCUGCCGGGCGCGCUGCCCGUCUUUGUGCAAGUCGGCGUGGAGUCCACCCUGGAGCGCAGCCAGAUCACCCGGGACCACAUGGGCCAGCUGCUGUAUCAGUUGGUGCAGUUGGGGAAGCUGGGCAAGCAGGACUUCUUCAAGGGGUUUGCGGAGACCUUGGAGAUGGCGGACGACAUGGCCAUCGAUAUCCCCCACAUCUGGUUGUACCUGGCGGAAUUGGUGACGCCGAUGCUGAAGGAAGGAGGGAUCUCUAUGAGAGAGCUCCUCACAGAAUUUAGCAAACCCUUGCUUCCCGUGGGAAGAGCCGGCAUCUUGCUUUCUGAAAUAUUGCACCUUCUAUGCAAACAAAUGAGCCAUAAGAAAGUGGCCGCCUUGUGGAAGGAGGCUGGCCUCAGUUGGAAAGACUUCUUACCCGAAGAGGAGGAUGUCCACGCCUUCCUCAUGGAGCAGAAGUUGGACUUCACAGAGACAGACGGUUCCGGUUCCUCAGAAGCACUUUCCAAGAGAGAACUCUCCGACGAAGAGCUGAACAGGCAGCUGGAGAAGCUCAUUGUGGAGGAGAAGGCCAGCGACGAGCAGAUCUUUGACUGGGUCGAGGCGAAUCUAGACGAGAGCCAGAUGAGUUCACCUACAUUCCUUAGAGCUUUAAUGACAGCGGUUUGUAAAGCGGCUAUUAUAGUGGAUAGUUCUAGCUUGCGCGUGGACACAGCUGUUAUCAAGCAGAGAGUGCCGAUCUUACUGAAGUACCUGGACUCGGACACAGAGAAGGAACUACAAGCACUUUACGCACUACAAGCAUCCAUAGUAAAACUUGACCAGCCUCCGAAUUUGUUGCGGAUGUUUUUCGACUGCCUCUACGACGAGGAGGUGAUCUCGGAGGACGCCUUCUACAAGUGGGAGAGCAGCAAAGACCCGGCCGAGCAGAACGGGAAAGGCGUCGCUCUCAAGUCGGUCACGGCCUUCUUCACGUGGCUAAGGGAAGCCGAGGAGGAGUCGGAGGAUAAUUAACCAACACCACAAAUACAAAAACAAAACAAAAAAAACUGAAUACAAAAACAAAAAAAAACUUAAGAAAAAACUAAGUAUUUUUUUAAAAAAACCCAGUUUCAUGUUUUCGCCAAUCACAGUGCAGCAAGGCCAAUUCUCGCGCGCAGAAAUACAUCCCCCGACAUUUGCACGAUUUUGGGGGGGAAACAACCCAAGAGAGAGAGAGAGAGAGAGGAGCGAACGAAUGAACGCAAAGGCGAUCAUGGAGGACGGACGAGGCGGAAACGGGAAAUUUCCCACUUCGAACCUGGACGGAGGGGCAGGAGCACGAAACCAAAACACGCCUGUUGUUAUUUACCGGGAAAGCAAAAAUAAUAAUUUCCCGGGUUUUUCUUUUCUUUUUAAACAAGGACUCCUCCUUUCAACCGUUAGCAAACUUUUAAUUUAUUCUUUCCAGAGAGCUGCAAUUGCCAGUGUAAUUUUGUUUGCAAAAAGACGAAAGCAAAAAAAAAAGAAGAACCAGAGAAAUAAAUUUUCCUCCCGUUCAGAUCCAUCUCAUUUCAGUUCAAAGGUAAUGCAUUCUCAAAAGGGGUGAGCGAGCAACGAACGAGCAUCCGGUCUUUUCUUGCCUGCCUCUCGAUCAGCGUAAACGAAGGGAAAUUAAUACGCGUUGGAGAAACUAAACGGCCGUGGACCAGACUUGCUUUGGAAACGACGCAUUGAUCACACAGACACACACACACAAAACAGUGCUGCUGCCCUGGAAGCGGAAGAACGAACGAACAAAGUGUUGGUGAUGAGAACACUUUCUGAACCUUUAGAGCAAACUUUAAGGCUUGUAAAUACAUAGAACAAAUAUUUAAAAAGAGAAGGAAGAAAUUGACUCGAUAACUAUUUCUUUUCACUUUCGGAAAAUUAUAAAUAAAAAGAACAAAAUAAAGAGGAACCUUGCAAGUUUACAA